AAUUUCUGUGGACAUUUUACAAAUGUUAACAUUAUAUUUAACAGUCGGGCAGUUACCAGUGUUAGACUAUGAUGGGAUUCAAUUCACAUUCACAUUUUCCCAAAAACACGUUAAUCACGUGGUUUUCAGAGUGUCAAACAACAUGGCGACUCCCUGUGAAAGUUCCGAGAGCACUUUGAGAAAAAGACGCUUCGAACAAUCAAAGACAACGAGCAAUUCAGAUGGCAACUGCUCAGGCGAUGACGAGGGGGCUUGUAAAUAUGAAAGAAAGAAAAAAUCGUUUUCAUUGCAAACUGGGACUUAUUGGCUCACUCGAAUCGUGCUACUACGUUCCAUUGCCUUCAUCUAUUUCGUUGCAUUCACUGUUGCCUACAACCAGAACAAACAGCUUAUAGGUGAGCGAGGCCUCAUGCCCUGCAAGGAUUACCUGCUCAGUGUGAAGCGCUACGUGGGAGGGAAGAUCGAUAUGUCUGCCUUCGCCUACACACCCUCCAUCCUGUGGUUCCUUGACUGGACAGAUAUGGAUGCCAACCUGGAUGGCAUUUCCCUGGUGGGGAUGGUGGUGUCAGGCUUCGUGCUGGUGACUGGCAUGGCCAACAUGGUUAUGAUGACCACAUUGUGGGUGCUCUACCACUCUCUGGUCAGUGUUGGCCAGCUCUGGUAUUCGUUUGGUUGGGAAAGUCAGCUGCUGGAGACAGGUUUCCUCGGGAUCUUCCUGUGUCCCGUUUGGAGUCUGUCCCAGGUGCCCCGGCGCUGCCCCCCUUCACUCAUCUCCAUCUGGACCUUCCGCUGGCUCAUUGUCCGCAUCAUGCUGGGCGCCGGGCUCAUCAAGAUCAGAGGAGACCGCUGCUGGAAGGACCUGACAUGCAUGGACUUCCACUAUGAGACUCAGCCGGUCCCCAACCCCAUGUCGUACUAUAUGCACCAGUCCCCUUGGUGGUUCCAUCGCUUCGAGGUACUGUCAAAUCACUUUAUUGAGCUCAUCGUCCCGUUCUUCACCUUCCUGCGGCGACGCAUGUGCAUGGUCAACGGGACUCUGCAGGUAUUGUUUCAGGUCGUUCUGAUAGUGAGCGGCAACCUAAGCUUUCUCAACUGGCUCACCAUAGUUCCCAGUCUGGCCUGUUUUGACGACGCGUCUCUGGGGUUCCUUUUCUCCUCGGGCAGAGGCGCCAAGCAAACUGUACUGGACCUCCAGGCUGAGGAGGCUGCAGGACGAACUCACAAACCCACCAGAGGUAUGCUGAUUCGUCGUGUGGUGAACGUGGCGCUGGGCGUUCUGAUUGGAUAUCUGAGCGUUCCCGUGGUUUUAAACCUUUUGAGCUCCAAACAGGUGAUGAACACGUCGUUCGACCCGCUUCGCAUCGUCAACACCUACGGGGCCUUUGGCAGUAUCACAAAGGAGAGAGCUGAGGUGAUUCUGCAGGGUACUCUGAGUGAGGACCCUAAGGACCCAGGGGCCGUGUGGGAGGAGUACCAGUUUGUGUGUAAGCCAGGGGAGUUAACCCGACGGCCCUGCCUCAUCUCCCCCUACCACUACAGGCUCGACUGGCUCAUAUGGUUCGCCGCGUUCCAGACCUAUGAACAGAGUGAGUGGGUGAUCCAUAUAGCAGGCAGAUUGUUGGCCAAUGACACAUCAACCCUUUCGCUGUUGGAACACAAUCCCUUCCAGGGCAGAGAGAACCCCAGGUGGGUCCGAGGAGAACACUUCAAAUACAAGUUCAGCCCGCUCGGCAGUGCCAGCGCUGCCCAGGGAAAGUGGUGGCUGAGGAAACGAAUUGGACCAUACUUUCCCGCUGUGGACCUGGCCUCUCUCCGGGGUUAUUUUAAGUCCCGGAACUGGCUCCAUCCUGACCUUUGACCCAACGUGUGAGAAAUCACACAACAUCUUUUCAAUGAGCUAUGGAUGUGUGAGGCUCCUCUCUUAUCAUUCAGGGUCAAAAUACGCUGUGGAAGCAGACAUGCUGACAUGGUGUAGUUAUGGGAGGCCACCGCUAUCGAGAUUUCAUUCCAUCCUGUAAAGAUCUAAAUCUGCUAAGCUUAUCUCUAGCAUGUCAUGUGGCCAUCUACUGAACGAUGACUCCUUCCUGUGGUUAUGACUUUGCUACUGUCUUUGAUGUUCUGUUACACCUGUCUAGUAUGGACGGUCACGUUAAGCUCACAUUGUGAUAGAGCAAUAAUCCGUGUUGUUGUCUUUUGGUAAUAAAAGGUAUAUUUUGGAACAAUGUUGUCCUUUAAUGAAUGCACUGAAGCCUUGCAGUAAUGGUAUAGAUUCCCCUGAAUGUUGUGUUAUUUGGACGUCUGACUGGGAUCCAGUAUAUACAAGAAGGGGAGAUGCCGUCGUCUUCAGUGGGAACCGUCUGUCAGGUGUCAGGUGUGUUCAGACUUGUGCUAAUGGUAAUGAAGGGGAACCCUGUGGGCACGAUGCUCCCAGCAUCCCACAAUGCACCUUUUCCCCAGCAUGGCCAUUUUUAAUGGUGGCCACCUCAUCACAAAUGUCCAAGCCACCUGCAAGGUUUGUUUUUCACCACAGACUGUUGUAAAUCCUUUUCCGUAUUCAUGUCCAGCUAUUUCCCCUCACUUUAUCUGCUGGUUUAGGGGUGUUUGGGCCAAAACCACAUUUAGAAUGUUAAUUGUCAUUAAUGUUUCCCCUGGGGGAGGUGGUGUGUACCCUUGGGGGAGAUGCUUUGUUACCCCUGUUGGAGAUGAUAUGUUACCCCUGCCCCUGGGGGAGAUGGUCUGUUACCCCUGUUGGAGAUGAUAUGUUACCCCUGCCCCUGGGGGAGAUGGUCUGUUACCCCUGUUGGAGAUGAUAUGUUACCCCUGCCCCUGGGGGAGAUGGUCUGUUACCCCUGUUGGAGAUGAUAUGU